AUGGCGAACGGAGGUGUCUCCCUGGAAUUGCUCCCUGGAGCAAGUCCUCCCCCACCUGAAGCUGACCGCUCGAAGGAAAGUCGCUGGGGGCUCCUCUUGACCGGGGCUGUUGGCGGGGUGCUGGUGGCCGUGUAUGCAGUGGCCACCCCUUUUGUGAUGCCAGCCCUGCGCCGAGUGUGCCUGCCCUUCGUUCCUGCCACCCCGCGGCAGCUGGACAACGUUGUGAGGAUGCUACGCAGCCGGAGCGGGCCCCUGGUGGACAUCGGCAGUGGGGACGGGCGCGUGGUGAUAGCAGCUGCCAAGGAGGGGUUCCCAGCUGUUGGUUAUGAGCUAAACCCAUGGCUGGUGUGGUACUCCCGAUACCGGGCGUGGCGAGAAGGUGUGCACGAGUCUGCCACGUUCCACAGGUCCGAUUUGUGGAAGGUGACGUUUUCGCAGUUCUCCAAUGUGGUUAUUUUCGGAGUGCCGCAGAUGAUGCUGCAGUUGGAGAAGAAGCUUGAGCUUGAACUUCAGGAUGAUGCCAGAGUCAUUGCUUGCCGCUUCCCCUUCCCACACUGGACCCCAGAUCACGUCACUGGAGAGGGGACAGACACUGUGUGGGCAUAUGACAUGAGCACGUUUAGAGCAAGUGUGAGAGGAUCCCCAGUGGCCAUGCCGUGUCAGCCUCGGUGA